AAUAACAAACCACGCCCUCUGCUCUUCUUUGCAAUCAGUCGCGUAUUAGCUCCCACCGUCAGUGAAGAGGCGUACGUGAGUCGCGGCCUACCUAGCAUUGCGGGAAAAGCAGGGUCAGGCAGGCAGCCGAGAAAGAAGAGCGGAGGUAACUGGAGAUCAAUGGCCCAGGGAAAGCAGAAGUUUCAGGCACGCAAGGCGGCCUCGGCGGGGAAGAAGGCGGCGGUUGCCCGGGGGCCUCGCAAAGGAGGCCGCAUAAUUGCUCCCAAGAAGGCUUGUGUGAUCCAGCAGCAGAAACUGAAAAAGAACCUGGAGGUCGGCAUCCGUAAAAAGAUUGAGCAUGAGGUGGUGAUGAAGGCCAGUGCUACACUACCCAAGAAACUGAGUGUGCUGAAGGCCCCCAAAGUGGAAACCACAAAAGAGCCAGGCCACUCCAGCAAGUCUUAGCUACGACUUGUACACCUGUGCGUGUGGCGGAGAGCAACCAUACAUUAGUUGAGCUGGGUGGGCCUACAAAUUUCUAAACACUGCAGAAUUUCAGUUGGUGGAGAAAGUUUCCUUUCACACAAGAAACUAGAUGGGCUGUUCUGUGCAUGAUAUUGUAUUCCUGGGUUAAGAGAGAGGCUUUAUUUUUCAGCUCUGCCUUAUGAAGCUUUGGCUCAUAUCCUAGCAGUUUUCCUGUUUUGUAUUUGGAUUGUCUUAUCAUUAAUGACAUUGGUGGAAGCCACUCUGUUACAAAGCUAACCUGGUCCAGGUAAUGUUUGUAGCAGCAAGAGUUGAUUCUUGCUGAUGUUUCAGCAGCAUUAAAUUGACAGAGUUGGACUAGAAGUCAAGACCUCAUGUCUGUGUGAAGCAGGGAAGCUGGAUUGUGCCAGCAAGUCAGCCAGCCCUCCCCAGUGUUCCUGCCUGAUGUUAAUGUGUUAGACUUGAUGCUGUCAUGUUGGACUACAAAAUUGAAGUGUAUAGAUUGUAUAUUUUGGGGCCUAUGCACAGCGGUAUUGUCACAUGUAGGAUUCUAUGCAAACAUGGAGUCCAGUGUAAAUGUCAGGCAGGACCCAGCAGGCUAGCAUGGAUCCCAAUCCCCCAUUGUGUAUAGGAUUUGAAAAUCUGCAUGAGGCUUGAUUCAGUUUUGAAUCAAGAAACAAAAAUUCCAGACUGAGCUUUGAGGUUUUUAACUGUUCCUAGAAACAAGCCUGGUAUACUCACACUUGUGUGUCAUGAUUUCUUUUGAGUAAAAAGGAUUCCCUCUGUCCCCUAUCUGCUGCUUUCUGAUGUUCAGUGUAACACACUAGUUACAUUUUACUGCUUUCCUCACCUUGACCCUUUAACAAAGCUUCAAAAAUGAUUGCUUUUGGAACCCAGAAAUUCUCUCAUAGCUUGCUCAUAAAAGUGGCUGAUCCUUCCACACAUUUUAUUCCACAGUAAAGUAUUCUGGGGGGAUAACCUCAGAUCAAUGUAUUUUUCAGAUCAGGAAUUGCAAAUAUAAAGUAAUUUGUAAAAGUGUAAAUUCUUAUUCUUGUAACCACUGCAGAUGCUUGUUUAUAAUUCUAUAGUGUAUUUACACUGCGCUGAAUAAUUUUAUUGUCUACAAA